AUGCCGAUCAGAUCAGUACCAAGAGUCCUGCAAGCACUGCGCUCCUACUCCACUACCGCCAGAGCCGUGAAUCAAGACCGGUUAGGAGCUGCCACAGCGGUCGCAUACUGGUGUGCAGUCGUCAGCGCACCUUUCGCUGGCGCGUAUGCUAUCAGUCAAGCCGCUGGCAAAGACAGCCGUUCGACGACAUGGCGCCAACUCAGCUUCCGUGACUGUCUUCCUAGCUCUUCCUUGGACGACUACGCCGGCGCAUACUUGCGACUGAGGAGAUAA